AUGCGCCAGGUUUUACCUGAAUUAAUACCACUCAUCAAUGACGAGUCUGUGGACAUUGUUAAACGUGCACUCACAAUACUUAUAAGUGUUGCUAAAAAGGACAAAGAAUUUUGUACAUUACGUUCUCAAUUAGAUACUAGACCUUUAAUUGUCGAGAAGAGGCAAGUUACCCUUUAUGUCCUCAAAGCUUUAUAUUUUAUUUCUGAUAAUGAUCCUAGUGGGCGUGACUUAUUUGUUAAAACAUUAAAUGCCCAUGGAACUGAUUGCCUUGAGGAAUUGGUUCAUUGCAUUGGCAUCCAAGACCCUUCUUGCUAUAAAUUUGCCUUUCUUCUCCUACACAAUUUAAUGACUGAUAUUCGGAUUGGCCGGAAAGUUAUUGCUUACAUGUGUGAAAUGAGAAUAUUAACAAAAGUUUUGAGUUGGUUAUCUGACAAAAAUGAGAAAUUUUUAAGUAUUGUGACUGACAUAAUUUACAUGCUUUUAAAUAAAAAUACUGAACAAAUGGCUUUCUUUAUUGGUUUAAACGGACAUGAGAAACUUGUUAAUAUUCUUGCUAAUUCCCAUCAAGAAAAUUUACUUUAUAGAGCAGUCAAAUUACUUAAUAGAGUUGUACAAAUAGAUCCAAACAAAAUAGUUUCCGCAGGCUUAUUGGAAGCAGCACAAAAACACUUGGAUCAUGCCAGUCAAAGAAUGUUAAGACAACUUUUGGAUUGCAUCAAGUUUGUCAGUCAUGUUCCUUCUGGAGACCGUGAUAUCCAUUUAUUAUUACAAAAAUUGCUUCAAUUGCUUGGCACAAAUGACAUGAAAGUUAAAGAAUGCUGUACAGACAUUUUAGCAAAUUUAUCAGCUAACAAUACUAACAAUAAAGAAUUUGUGGUUGAUAAAGGGGCAGUUUUUGGCCUAUUCCAACUUUUACAAGAAAUGGAAGCGUUAAACGAAGCUUUGGGGCAAAAUACCCAAAGACAAAAUAUUCAAGAAACGGCUCUCUCACUUUUACGUUCUCUCUCUUCCGGAAAUGUCUGUUCCGGAAAAGCAAAACAACAAAUAAUUAAAAAAGAAAUACAUAAGAAAAUACUGUUGGAAAGGAUGAGGAAUAAGCAGAGAAAUUGGCCUUUACUUAAAAAGACAUUUGCGUUACUCCAAUAUAUUGCUCAAGAAGAAAGUCUAUUAAAAGAAUUCCGUUUUGCAAUGUCUUUUCCUCCAAAUUUUCCUCAAUUACCUGAUGCUCCACUUUUAUUAAAACCUGAAUAUUGUUCUUUUGUUAGUCAAAUAGUGGUUAUAUUAACUGAGGGGUUAAAUUCGCUUCCACAAAGUUGGGAAUUGUGUCAAAAAUGUUUGGAUUUGCUUGGAUUAUUGGCUGGCGAUGAAGGAUUGUUAGGGGAGAUUUUCUCAGAAUUAUCUGCCCGUUGGAUUCGUCUUUCAGAAUUUCAACCUAAACUACUUGCUCCUCAAGUUAUUCUUCGAUUCUUUGAACAACUCGCUCCGCCAGCUUUGGCUUUACUUGCCCAAAUUGCACGUAUUCCGGAAGCUGCUAUAUUUAUUGGGAAGGAUAGACCAACAUUAGAUACUUUGAGGAAAUGGUCAAUUAAUAACAACGAUGUAAACUCGGCUCGUUUUGCUGACUGUGUGUUACAGUUGGUUGAUUCUGCUAAUGGAAAACAACAACAAAAUGCUUCCGGAAAGAGAGUACAAUCUAGUGGAGAGGAGAGUUGGAAGCAACAACAGGGCCAACAGCAGCAAUCUCAUCCAGUUAACGACAAAAAAUCUUUUCCAGAUACAGAAAUGGAUUUUUCUAUGGCACCUACUUCAUCAACCACACUUUUACCUUGCUCCCCCAGCAAUUUUCUUCUCCAACCAGACCAUUCUAAUGAUAUACUAAAGGUGUUCUAUAAAAAUUUUUAA